AUGCCCGCCCGCCAAGCCAAACGCCCCUACGCCGGCUCCCAAUCCCAAAUAACCUCCUAUUUCACUCCCGGCACCACAUCACUCCCUGCACCCCCUCCUCCCUCUCAAUAUCAACCACCCACUCUCCCAAAUCCCAUCCAAUCCUCCCUCUUAUCCGUCGGCAUGCGCAUCCGCAAAUCCGUUCCCGAAGGAUACAAAACCGGUUCCUAUUCCGCCUUCAAUCUAUUCUCCGAUGUCACACCCGCCACAAAGUCAAACUUCGCAUCCGCACCCCCCUCUUCCACACCCGCAGCACCGAAAUACAAAGGAACAAGACCUCGUGCUGGAAUUAGGGAAUUGACACCUUUCUGCGGGUUGAUGAAGGUUGGGGGAAUGAGCGUACAAGGAUACGAUGAAUCCGGAGAGGCAAUUGAAGAUGAAGAUGAGGAGGACUAUGAACAAAGAAUCUGGGAUAGCAGUCAAGAGAGCAAUGAUAGUGUCGGAAGUCACGGGGGUGUUACUGGGGCCAAGAGACGAUUUGUUGACGAAGAAGAGGGAGAAAAUGUAUUCGGACAGGGUGCAAAUGAGGGAAGAGCUUUGAUGGAUGUUGGAGAUAGAAGAAUUGCGAUGCCGAUGUCUAGGAAGAGUGAGAAGGGUAGAGGAAGUGGGAUGAUGAGGUUUGGUGGAGGUGAGAAUGCGGAUGUGGAUUUUGGAGAAGCCGACUUUUUGGAUUAUGAUUUAGCAGACGAGGUUCAAAUGGGCGGUGUCUAA